AUGGCCAGAGGAGCUCACUCUGCGUCCCAGAAAACGGAUGCGCUUGGGAUAUUCUACCGCAGCCAUAGAUCGCGGCACAGCGACACCCAUGCUCUGAAGAAGAAUAUCUCUGACCCCUUCGACUUCCAACAUGUUACACAUACAAGCCCCAGCCAGCUCCCACCUUUGAAUAACUGUCAUCUCCAUGAUAUAGUGACGGAAUUCUCCGUCAUUAGGGCCUCCCAGCGUCCUGGCAGCGAGCUGAAGGGAAUCAGAGCCGAACGCUUGCAUUCCGAAAACUCUUCCUCUGACAAUAUUUCCACCAACAAUGAUGCCAUUCUGCGCACUUGGGACUCAAAGUUCCAGCACUCCCAUAGCCCCCCUCGAUCACCUAAUGCACGCACCUCACCUAACUCCCAUUCCAAUCUUCAAUCAAACCGCAAUUCUCGAUCAGUAGAAAAUUUUUCUCGCCCAGUGUCUCGCCUGUCCAGGCAACAAUCAUCCCCAUCGAUGAUACCGCCUCCUCGAUCGUCUUCAAAGCUGGCAACACCUGAUAUCCCUGAGCCAUCACCUCAAACCAUUGAUGCCCUGCUUGGUCUUCAUUCUACCUUUGUUGUUCCAGAAACAACGUACGAUGAUACACAAGAGCAACACCUCCCAAAGCUGGAUCUGCCCAGCGUCUUCCCCGGUGUCGGAAACGCUAUCACACCUGAUGACGAUGAGCCAGUAAUGGCCCGUACACCGCCAUCGAAUAUUCAUACUUUUGAUCUCGCAGAUGUUCCAGAGGAGGACGAGACUGCGGCAUUCCGCAAUAGUGAGGCACGAAGCUCCGUCCUCGCAACUUCGUCAGAACCUUUCCGCUUUGGACAGUCCACCCCCAGAGUGGACUUCGAUAAACCUUUACCUGCAGUGCCUUCAUAUACACAACGCAUCCAAGAGCCGCUUGGAUCGCCUACGAUUCCAGCACUUGCUGGAGAUUCCGAUGCAGCUUUUGCACAGAAGAAAUGGGCGUUGAACAAGCGGCGUUCGAUAUUGCAAUGUCCAGCAGAUGACUUGUCAUGGGAGGAUGACAUCGAUUAUUGCUACGAGCAUGCUGCAGAGUCAAAUUCAAAUUUCGAUUGGCAACGCACUUCAUUUGAAGAACUGGAAAUGAGAGAGAGACUCGAGAGCCUGACUAUUAGAGCAAUCCCCGUGGCUGAUUCCCCCAACGCCAUUGGCACAGAAAAGUUUGCCGAACCCAUUGAUCUCCAGAAUCAAGAGAGUCAGGAUGCAUCGGAACACAGUGACCGGCAAAGCAUCAAUGAGAACACCGCUACGGUGCCCCUUUUCAUUGCUGCGAGUUAUGAUGUUAGCCCAAUAACAGCGACCAGUCUUCUUCCAUGCGUUCAAGCAGAUCCAUUAUCACAAGCCGAUUACUUUAGAGCCGAGCAUGUGCCAAUCGUGGCAGCGCCCUUUGGAGAUGACAUGGUGUCAAGUCAAGCCUAUGACGAGUUGAUUCCGGGCGGCCAAAAGAUCGAUGAACAUUAUCCCUUGUACUUCCCAACCCAGGUGGACGAGCCCGUCGAUUCUUCCCGAGGAAGCUGCUCUCCAAUCAGCAAGUGCAACUCGCAGGAAAGCAUUAUUCUGUCCCGCGCGGCAUCAGUCGCACGAAAGCAUCGCUCGUCGGUGUCCACAAUCAGUGUUCCCGAGUUAGUGCAUAGUUCGAACCGCAGCCACCCAGCCGUGGAUUAUGAUUCCAUGCCCUCUGCCGGUGAACAGCAAAUGAAGAAAAUUGCCUCCCGCCCGCCCCCCAUCGCCAUUCAUCAACGAAGUAAGAGCCUGGCGCGAGAGCUCACUCAGCGAUCGGCGCCUAUCUUGUCCGCAGAUUCUGUGGAUGGCUAUAAUUCUGAGGUCUCAUCUGUCCCGAAGAUGCCGUAUCACGAUCGCGCGAAGUCUGUAUCCGCCUUGGAUCUGUGCCAACCUACCUCGCCCGUCAAGACCAAGACCCCUGAGACUCGAAAGCGGUCUGUCACUGUAACCCGUGGCCCUAGUGGUCGGAAGGCUCGAAAGUCAUACUCGCUUUUUCCCACUGCAGCUGCAGCGACUCCCCGCCCCCGCAUCGCGGUGAGAAAAAUGUAA